GUACCGGGUUUUAACUGUGCAUAGCUCGUCAUUAAUGCCGAUAGCUCCGUCCUCGCCGACGCCCUUUUUCGCCUUCCCCGAGUCGUUGGAAUUUGCUUGCCCUAUCAGCCCCCCCUUGAAGGACCCUUCCCCUCCUUCUCCUCUUCCACAUUCUUUCUCAAAUCAAUGAAUCGCUUCCCCGCCUUUCCUGCCCUCAGAAGAUUGUCUCACAUUGCCUCAACCCUUUCUUCAUCUAGGCUGCACAAAAUGGCUUCUCCUGACAGCACAAUCGUCCUUAUCACCGGCGCCAACCAGGGGCUCGGCUUCGAGGUCGCCAAAAAGCUGGCUACCGAACACCCGGGCUACCACGUGCUCAUGGGCUACCGCGAUGCCGCCAAGGGUGAAGAAGCUAUUGCCAAGCUCAAAAGCCAAGGAUUGAGCGUCGACGGAGUGAUCAUCGACAUGACCGAUGACACCUCCAUUCAGUCGGCUGCUAAACAGGUGGCAGACCAGUUCGGUCGGUUGGACGUCCUCAUCAACAACGCCGGUGUGAUCACCGAGGGCCGCUUGCCCGAAGGCACCUCCCUCCGCCAAACCUGGCAAGCGGGCUUUGACAUCAAUACCACGGGCCAAGUCGUCACUACGGAAGCCUUUAUCCCUCUGCUGGAGAAGGCCGCUGUGCCGCGGAUUGUCUUUGUAUCCUCAGCCUUGGGGUCGUGCACCGGCCGGUUGGACCCCAAGGAUCAAUUUUCUGCCUUUCAAUUCCCUGCCUACCGCAGCUCCAAGGCGGCGCUCAAUAUGAUCGCCUGCCAUUACGCCAAUCUUUAUGGGCCCAAGGGAUGGAAAGUCAACGCGAGCGACCCGGGAUUCUGCGCCACCAACUUCAACCGUUUUCGCGGCUGGGGCACCCCGGAGAGUGGUGCACUGCAGACGGUUCACCUCGCGACUUUGGAUAAGGAUGGACCAAAUGGUACCUUUAGCAACACCGAUGGGCCACUGGGAUGGUAGUGUCGCUGUAUAUUGCUGGGACUAUCAUAGUUGGGCAUCCUAACGGAUUGGAUACGAUAGCUGCAGCUGAAAGGACCUAGAUUAUACUCCGUGUAACUAAAACCGUAGCCAACGACGGGUAGCCUGCUCUUAUAAUAAUCAUUGAU